GGCGCCGGCCCUUCCCCUGCGAGCCGCCGCCGUAGGAUGAAGCAGCAUGAGGAUGUGUGACAGAGGCGUCCAGAUGCUCAUCACCACGGUGGGAGCCUUCGCAGCCUUCAGCCUCAUGACCAUCGCCGUGGGCACCGACUACUGGCUCUACUCGCGCGGCGUGUGCAGGACUAAGUCCACGAGCGACAACGACACGAGCCGCAAGAACGAGGAGGUGAUGACCCACUCGGGGCUCUGGAGGACGUGCUGCCUGGAAGGCACCUUCCGAGGCGUGUGCAAGAAAAUCGACCACUUCCCUGAGGAUGCUGAUUACGAGCAAGACACGGCCGAGUACCUGCUCCGUGCGGUGCGAGCCUCCAGCAUCUUCCCCAUCCUCAGCGUGGGGCUGCUGUUCUUCGGGGGCCUCUGUGUGGCAGCCAGUGAGUUCUACAAGAGCAAACACAACAUCAUCCUCAGCGCCGGCAUCUUCUUCGUCUCUGCAGGUCUCAGCAACAUCAUUGGGAUCAUCGUCUACAUCUCGGCCAAUGCGGGGGACCCAGGGCAGAGCGACUCCAAGAAGAGCUACUCCUACGGCUGGUCCUUCUACUUCGGAGCGCUGUCCUUCAUCAUUGCGGAGAUGGUGGGAGUGAUCGCCGUGCACAUGUACAUUGAGAAGCAUCGCCAGAUCCGCGCCAAGUCCCACUCGGAGCUGCUCAAGAAGUCGGCCUUCACCCGCCUCCCACCCUACAGGUACCGCUUCCGCCGGCGGUCCAGCUCCCGCUCCACCGAGCCGCGGUCCCGGGACAUGUCACCCGUCAGCAAGGGCUUCAGCACCAUCCCCUCCACCGACAUCUCCAUGUUCACCCUCUCCAGGGAUCCCUCCAAGGUCACCAUGGGGACGCUGCUCAACUCGGAGCGGGACCAUGGGUUUUUACAGGUCCACAACUCCAUCCCCAAAGAGUUCAAGGAGUCUUUGCACAACAACCCGGCCAACAGACGAACCACGCCGGUGUGAGGCGGGCAGGGACACCCCGCCGGGCUGCAUGGCAUCCUCCUCGUGGCGGUGUGACCCCCGAAAACCCGGGUUUAAGACAGUCGCAGCUGGCUCCCGACAUCCCCAUCGUGGGGCUGGUUUGUCACUGCUCUAACACCACCGGCCAGGCCACUGCACCCACAAUGGGACCGGGACCCCCUCCCCGGCGGGGGGGGUCAUGGUGCCCCUGCAGACUGAGCGGGGCUCCCAACGCCACCCGGGACCGUGGCUUCCCGAGGUGUCCAUCGUUAAUGUUGAUCAUAGCCGCAGUGUUACCUUAGCUGUAUGUCCCAUGGAAAUGCUGUCUGUGAGAUUCCUUAAAUCCGGUAGUGACACCGCCUGGAAGUCCGGAGUUGGAAGCACUGAGUCGGUGCCAUAGCGAGUGCUCGUGUUGCGAACCCCCUUCCCCUGUCGUGCUGGAUGGAGUGCUCGGGCUGGGUUUCCCUCUGGCGUUUCGUGCAUGCAUUAAAUAGCUUGGAAUUCAAUUUUGUCAUGUCGGGUUGGAAGAAACAUCCUUUUGCAGUUUCCUGUGGUCUUGAAAGGGCUUCUUUCGUUCUUCCUUCCUUCCUUUCUUUCUUCCUUUGGUGCAUUCAGGCCAUGAAAGGACUCAGGAGCAGAACUCCUCCAGUGACUGGUAGCAACUAGCCAGCGUUUAAUUAACCUCUCAUGUUGCAAGGAAAUUAAUUAAUUCCCUAAGAUUAAUACAUGAUCACCAAUUACUGUCUGGGCACAAGCAAGGAGGCAGCACUUGCCCCGGUGGUACCGAAGCUGGGUGGGUGGCUCGGCUCGGGCUGCGUGCGAUGGUGUAUGAUUCUGUAAUGCCUGGGAGACCAAUGAGCAAAGCAACAAUAAACUCGUCCAGUUUGGCAAGCAA